AUGUCGCUUAUGCCUGUGUGUGUUCUCACGACUGCUAGAAUAUGCAUUGCCUCUACCAAUCUCGCUUCUUUGCAACGGGAUUGGCCUAUUAGUCCUUCUGCUUGCAUUUGUGACUUUAAUCUUCCAUCUGAGUCGCCCGUCAACCCGGAAUCAAUGAACCACACCUGCGCAGCAAUUGGGCUUGUGGCGAUAUGCCACGAGAUAUUUCACGGGCAUUCCGACUUCGCCACAAUUGAAGUUGCAGAAGGCUCAGGAGUACUAAACUCACAGAAAGCGAGAACUUCGGAGCUGGCAUCUUAG